AUGCCAGUAGAAAUCUACGAGAAAGUGCAUCAUGACCCAGCAAGUCUGCAUUGCACAACCCUUGCGAGAGGAUGGUUCUCGAAUUGUGCCGACAAUCACAACUGUACGGCUACAGCGCGGUUUGCCUCGAACUCGGUAACCCGUUUUCUGCAUAUAGAUUCGGUUGGGAGAAAAGUUCGCCUGAUCGAAUAUGCGUCCAACGAGGCACCAUCUAGCUGGGCUGCACUCAGUUACCGCUGGGGUCAUUGCCAGAAAAGAAUGGUGCUCACGCAAUCUAACAUAACAGAGCUGAAACAGGGCAUUAGUCUACAUGACCUAGAUGCUACCGUGCGAGACGCGGCGUUCAUUGCCCAAGCUCUGGACCUCGAAUACCUCUGGGUAGAUGCGUUGUGCGUGUUUCAAGACGAAGCCAUGGGAGACUGGUCAAUACAAUCAUCGAAAAUGCAGGAGAUCUACGAAAAAUCAGCGCUGACACUCGUCGCUGUCGACUCUCCUUCCGUCCAGGACGGUUUUCUGGUGCCACGCAACGAGCAGUACGUCGCUGUCAAGUGGAAUCUGGACAACUCGCCGAAAGGUGAUAGUGGGCCGAACACCGUCUACCUCUCCAAGCACUGGGAUCCCACACGAGAUAAGCUCAAGGGACCUUGGUCAGAACGAGGGUGGACAUUCCAGGAGGGACUCUUGCCAAACAGGCUGCUAUACUUUACUGGCACCCAGAUGGUGUGGAAAUGUUGCAGAGAAACUCGAUACGAGCGUGGGCUUACGGUGGAUCCGACACAGAAAAUCGUGGACGAGUUUGCAGAAGAGGGUGGUCGCAACUUUUGGGCGUUCGAUCUCUUCACGAAAGUCAAACUCAUGCCGUGGUACAUCAGGACCUUAGACCAAGAUAUUCGACGCGAAAAACAUCGCUUGUGGUACGAGCUCGUGGAAGAAUACUCUGCUCGGCAUCUAACUAACUUUUCCGAUCGAUCUGUCGCUAUCUCUGGCUUGGCUGCGAAAUAUCAUGACCUUCUCGGCGCCGACCGCUAUUUAGCAGGUCUCUGGCAAGCCGAUAUGGUCCGCGGUCUACUAUGGUAUGUCCCAGAUUCGAAGGUGUUCAGCGCGCCAGAGUCCGAGACACGACUCGUGGAAAAUUGCCGUUACCCUACCUGGAGCUGGCUGCACGUGGCGCCAGGUCAUGCAGUGAGAAACGACCACGCUUCCUACAUGGAUUGCCGAGACCUGGCGCAAGUUCGGCCCAUCCAUUUCGACGACGAACAUUCUUUACAGUGGUUUAGAAACAUAGAAACAGCAGUCUUGAGUCUUCGUGGACCAACCUUAUUUUUCGACCAGCUUUAUUCCGCAAACUGGCGUUCAUCCACAUCUUUGUCGGCCUUCGAACGGCACAUCUCUCAGCUCAUCGAAGACCAGUACGAGAGCCGCGCUGUGGAGUUAGCUCAUCAGGCUAAAUUCGCUGCAGUUCUCAUGCUGAAGCAUUUUCCGUCCAUCGAUCACCGGAUGGAUGUCCUGGUGUUAGAAGCAACAGGUCAGGAGGGCGACGCGUUGUCCGUAUUUCAAAGGUGCGGAGUGGUACAGCUCUGUUAUUUUAACGUCAACGCCAAAACUCUACAGCUGCGUCGAGGACAGGAAUCGUUGUCUCACCGUCUUGGUUUGAGUUCCGGUCCUCGAAGAGUUAAACAUCUCUGCGCCAAAGCCGUUUUUGACGAGCUGUACACCAAGAUGUGGCCGCAGCAAGAAAUCACUAUGAUCUAG